UUUGGGCCCCAUAUCAGUUUACUACACCAUAACUUCUCUCUAUAAACGCACUUCCCGUAUGCCGCCAGAGUGAUACUGGUCUACUAUCAGUCUAUUUCCCGGUACUAAACCCUUGCUUCAUUUCUGAUUUUGGCGGGAGGGAGGACAACGAAACCAUUCAAUACUCCAAUUGCAGAGAGAGAGAGAGAGAGAGAGAGAUAUGGCAGAGGACGGGUAUGAACCGAGCGCGGAUCAGGUGGAGGAGGAAUUCGCGGUUUGGAAGAAGAACACACCUUUCCUAUACGAUCUGGUGAUAUCUCACCCUCUCGAGUGGCCAUCGCUUACUGUCCACUGGGUCCCUUCGCCUCCGCAGCCGUACGCUGUCGACUCAUCUUUCUCUGUCCACAAGCUCGUGCUCGGAACCCACACAUCCGGCGGAGCUUCAGAUUUCCUCAUGGUCGCUGACGCUCUUAUCCCUACCCAGGAAGCUGAACCCAACAUCGGCGGCAAAAGCGAGGAUCAAAUUGUCCCCAAGGUAGAGAUAAAACAAAAGAUACGUGUUGAUGGGGAAGUGAAUAGAGCGAGGUGUAUGCCACAGAAUCCAGCUCUUAUUGGUGCCAAGACAAGUGGUUGCGAAGUGUUAGUGUUUGAUUACGUGAAGCAGGCAACGAAACAACCGGGAGGUGAAUGUGAUCCUGAUUUGAGGUUGAGGGGUCAUGAUAAGGAAGGAUAUGGGUUGUCCUGGAGUCCCUUUAAGGAGGGUUAUCUUCUGAGUGGUUCACAAGAUCAUAAGAUAUGCCUCUGGGAUGUGUCUGCUGUAGCUCAGAAUAAGAUUCUCGAUGCACUUCAUGUUUAUCAGGCCCAUGAAACUGUAGUUGAAGAUGUAACAUGGCAUAUGAAAAAUGAAAACAUAUUUGGAUCAGCAGGUGAUGAUUGUCAAGUGAUGAUUUGGGACUUGCGAACAAAUCAAAUAGAACACCGUGUCAAAGUUCAUGAGAGAGAGGUUAACUAUAUAUCUUUCAAUCCUUAUAACGAAUGGGUUCUAGCCACAGCAUCUUCAGACUCUACUGUUGGCCUGUUUGAUAUUCGGAAGUUGGCUGUGCCACUGCAUGUUUUGACUAGUCAUGAAGGAGAGGUGUUCCAGGUGGAGUGGGAUCCUAAUCAUGAAACUGUUCUAGCAUCAUCUGGUGAUGAUCGUAGGUUGAUGGUCUGGGAUCUUAACAGGAUUGGGGAAGAGCAGCUGGAGAUGGAGCUAGAUGCCGAAGAUGGCCCUCCGGAGCUUCUAUUCUCUCAUGGAGGUCACAAGGCUAAGAUAUCCGACUUCGCAUGGAACAAAAAUGAGCCAUGGGUGAUCUCAAGCGUGGCCGAAGAUAAUAGUCUUCAGGUGUGGCAGAUGGCCGAGAGCAUCUACCGAGAUGACGAUGAUGAUGUGCAAGCUGAGGAUGACUAAUUCAUAGUUGGCUUACAGUGAUCAUGGUUAGGGUUGUUUUUUAAGUUUUCUGUAACAAAUUUAUUGUCUGAUUGUGAGUCUUUAUCAUAGAAGGUAGCACCAAUGGAAUUAGGUUAUUUCAAUGGCAUUUUGGCCUCACUGUUAUUGUUGAAAGUUUGAAUGACUAUGGGACAAGAUGCUGCUGGUUCUAUCAUCUGUGUUUGUAUAUGGCAGCACUCACAGAAGCAUCUUUGUGGUCCGGGAUGAUAAUUAAGAGAACCUGAACCUAAAGAUGUGCUGCACAGGGGAUCCUAUCCCUUGCAUUAAAGUGUUGAGGACUCAGAGAGGAAUAUCUAUAGAAGGAGAGAAUUAAAAUUUACUUGAACGUGGCACCCACCCUUGGUUCUCAUCCCAUCCAGAAAGCACGUAUGGUAUCAAUAUAUGGGCGCCUUGGAGUUAUUUGUAAGGAUUCAAUGUCCAUAUUGGAUUCGAGAUUAAAAGAUAUCUGGGUGGGGUGCAUUUGAGAGCAGAAAGAGAGGCAAAAGAGUUCUCAAUUAUGUUUUAACUUCUCUUUCUUCCAUCUCUAAAUUGGGUUUGCAGUUGGGGA